AUGGGCGAUAACGCAUCACUGACCACAAUCGAAGUCUUUUCUUGGCAGUUAAAAAGCCGAUCGACUGUCAUUCAGGCCACAGAGUCGUUCUUCAUGUUGUUUAUCAACUCCCUCUCUUUCUUUGGGAAUCUUCUUCUUGGAAUCGCUGUCAUCAAAAACCCGAAUCUUCGCAGGACUGUUCCCAAUAUGUACAUCAUAACUCUGGCUGUCUCAGACUUCUUGAUGUCUUUGCUGGGAAUUCCUUUCUCAGUCGCCUCUCUGAUCGUUGGAAAAUGGCCUUUCAACAACUUUGUCUGCCAGCUUCAAGGCUUCUGGAUUCUUCUCAUGUGUGCAGUGUCUUUACAAACUUUAGCUGUCACUGCUGUGAAUAGAUACUUCCGUGUUGUUCGAUCUCGCACGCAGUAUCAAAAGUACUUUAACAUCAAGACAACAAAGGUAACAAUCACGAUUUUGUGGAUCUUGGCUCUGUUUGCACCGCUUCCAUACGUUGUUUCCGGACACAAGUUUUUCUUUCACACUGGUAAAGUUUUCUGUGCGCACAAUGCUGAAAGCUUAUACCAGGGAUAUGGAGCUUACUUGGUUCUCGUUUAUGUGCUUAUUCCUUUGAUCAUCAUCAUAACUUGUUACACCAAAGUGUUCUUCACCGUUCGAAAACAUAACCUCAACUUUCGACUCAGUCAAAAACGAAGACAGCUCAACCAUCGCAGUGAUAGUCUUCUAUCCGUGGACGAAGUAAAGGUUACCUAUAUUCUCCUUGUGGUUGUAAUUGGUUUUCUAACUUGCUGGACCCCUGUGAUGGUUAUCGACAUGAUUGACUUCAUAAACGCGGACUGGAAACUCAAACGCCAAGUUUACGUGAGUUACACUUGUUUUGGAUUUGCUAGCACCUCCCUGAACCCCAUCAUCUAUGGCAUCAUGAAUCGUUCUAUCCGCGCGGAGUACCUGCGAAUCUUAGCGCCUUUGAGGGUGUGGGUAUCUUACGGUACCGCGAGCGAUGUCAAAGCAGACACUGCAACGGACGAACCCGCGAACAGCACCCGACGAACUUUGGCCGGAAACAAAGUCGGCGUGUCAUUUGAACGCAGUGAAGAAAGAUUGCCACCUCAAGACAAUGGCUCUCAUAAUCAGAAGCCAUCUUUGUAUCGAGCUGAUAGCUCCACACAGCCAGCAAGCAGCCGAGGUGUACAUGGGAUAUCGAGCAUUAAAUUUGGGCCGACAUAUUCCUUGUGA